AUGAGUCGAUUUCGUGAAGUGUAUCUGGUGAUGGAAUUGAUGAGCCACAACCUCCACGAGGUGAUCAGUAAACUGAGGUUGGACCACCGAACACUGUCGUUUUUCGUCUAUCAGAUGCUCUGUGCUAUCAAACACCUCCACAACUCUGGUGUUAUACACAGAGAUCUGAAGCCGUCGAACAUAGUUGUGAACGACAAAUGUGUGCUGAAAGUGCUCGACUUCGGGCUGGCAAGGAAGAAGACAAUCGACACAGCGAUGCGGAUGAGCGAUUACGUCGUAACACGCUACUACCGCGCUCCUGAAGUCAUCCUCGGCCUACCAUAUUCGGAAAAAGUGGAUAUUUGGUCCGUUGGGUGUAUUUUUGCCGAAAUGAUCAAUCAUCGCGUUUUAUUUCCCGGACUGGACAGGGUUGAUCAGUGGUCAAAAAUCAUCAACGAAAUGGGCACGCCAGGCGAGGAUUUCAUAAAACAGCUUGGCAACAGCGCCGCUAUGUACGUGAGAUCUCUGCCACCCCAAGUUGGUAAAACCAUUGAACAGAUUGCACCAGACUCCAAUUUCCUAAAGGAGACUGAGAAUGUUAAAGCCAACCUGACAGCUGAAUGGGGACGAGAUCUGCUAGCGAAGAUGCUUGUAAUUAAUCCCGACAAUCGAUAUUCUGUAGAAGAGUCGUUGAACCAUCCCUAUGUCAAAGUGUGGUUCAGGGACGUUGCAAGUGAAGCGCUCCCAGUCGUGAGAACCGCUUGA